AUUUCAACCAGUUGCAGUUUAGAAUUGAAAAUGAAUACAAACUGAGAGUCUUUCGGUUCAUCUGUUUACUUUUUGUUUCUCUUUUUUGUUUCGUUUGUUUUUCUUUUUCUUUGUGAUAAUGGCGAAUGAUUUUAUUAAUUUAACCUUAAUUACUCUUUUGAUUAACUGGACAUUCGGUUUAAUUGGUUGUGAAACUUAUCCAAGUCCAGAGAAAUUAGGAUUUGCUUACGAAUUCAAGAUCCACAUUGAUGCAGGUAGAGAAGAGUGUUUUUACCAACUGGUUCAAUCCCAUUCAACUCUCUACGUGGCAUUUCAGGUUAUGAGAGGUGGUGAUAGUAAAGCUGGAUUCUUAAUAAGAGAACCUACUGGACAGACAAUUUUACCAUAUAAAUGGUCCGAAAAUGCUGAACACGAGGAAUCAUCCGUACAAAAUGGAGGUUAUUAUCAAUUCUGUAUUGACAAUUCACUUUCACGAUUCGCAUCUAAAUUGGUCAGUCUCUAUGUGGCCUCUUACAAGAGAGACGAAUGGGACAAAUACAUUUCCGAACUGACAGCAAAUGAUGUGACCGUUACCAACUUUACGGCUUCGCUAUCAAAUGUUGAUAAAAACAUUGGAACCAUGUUGAAAAAUUUGGACCAAUCUCGUCGUCAUCAGUCCCACGAUUGGUACCUUGUCGAUGGUAACAAUAGAUACAUUCAGAAUUGGUCGAUCGCUCAGUGUUUGAUUAUCGUUAUUUCAUCGGUAGUCCAAGUAUUUGCCGUUAAAAGGUUCUUCAUGGCCGAUGAGAAAUCUUCCUCUUUCGGAAAACCUCGAGCUUAAAGAUAAUUAACUAAUUAAUCUUAUCGUUUCAAUCGUCACAUCACAAUUAUCACCAUCAUCAUCCAAGAUCUUCAGUCUCUCUCUCUCUUUCUUUCAAUCUCCAAUUCCAAUUCCAAUUUGUAAAUGAAAUCCUUUUGUAAUCAACUCUUAUUUUCAUCAUUAUGAUUUCAACAAUCAAACUAAACUUGUUAAUUGUUAUCAAAGACAAUUAAUAUUCAUCCAUGGGUAUUAAAUAUUUUGCAAAUGAUA